UGUGACGGGUUCGAAGGAGCUUUGGCUUAUCCAGUGCCCUUUAAGUCAUGUACAGAGGUUGAGCUUGUUAGCUUUGCUUCUCAAGAUGCUGAUGCAACUGUGAUCGUACCGUCUCAUCAAGAAUCCAAAAUAGUUGGGAAGAUUUCGCGGCGAGUUUUGUUAGUUCGUUUCCCUAAACCGAAAGAGCUGCUUGAGGCAACAAAGGUCAAAACUCAGCACAAGGCAGUGACGAGUUCAUCUGUUAAAAACUCUAACGCAGCUCAAAGUAGCCGGCGUAAAAGCAGCGGCGGCGGGCAGUCUGCUCUUCGACAUUCGCAUUCAGAGCCCUCGGCGAGCAAACAAAGGGGCUCAGGGUCUUCAGAUCGAUCAGGUAAGUUGAAGAAGAAGAAGAAGAAGAAGGUGAAGACCGACAAGUAGAGAAAGAUAUUUCGUUUUGUUUGGUGGUUUUAUGUAGACAAUAAAGCAAACCAAGUGUUAUAACUUAUUCUGCUGUAGAUGUUUUUAUACCAAAGUACAAGCUUCUUUUAGUUUUUUUCUUUUU